GUUCUUUUGAAUUGUUUUUCAAAUUACAACGGUUUUAGAUCCUAGAUCAUUAAACUAGAUACAUCAACACAUACAAGAGAAUGUCUUACGUUCCUCCACACAGAAAGGGCAUGGCCCCAGAAUCAUCCUUCUCGGAAGAAGGUUCCCAAGGUGGCUUCAGAAAUGAUAGUUAUGGCGGCAGAGGCGGCGGCUUCGGCAGAGGUAGCGGUGGCGGCGGCUUCGGUAACAGAAGUGGUGGAUACGGUGGUGGUUACAGCAGAGGCGGUGGUGGCGGCUACUCUAGAGAUGGCGGCUACUCCAGAGAUAGCGGUUACAGAAGAAAUCAACCAGGUGAAGGUAAGUGGGUCGAUGGCAAACACGUCCCAGCCGAAAGAGACACUGCUUUCGAAUCAACUUUGUACGGUGAAGUUGGUGACUUGAGCUACCAAUCCUCUGGUAUCAACUUCGACAACUACGAUGACAUUCCGGUUGAAGCUACCGGUGACAACAUCCCGGAACCUAUCACUGAAUUCACCUCUCCACCAAUCGAUUCUUUACUUUUAGAAAACAUCAAGUUGGCUAGAUUCACCAAGCCUACCCCAGUUCAAAAAUACUCUAUCCCUAUUGUUAGCUCUGGUAGAGAUUUGAUGGCAUGUGCCCAAACUGGUUCCGGUAAAACUGGUGGUUUCCUUUUCCCCGUUUUAUCUGAAUCUUUCAAGAACGGUCCUUCUGAGAUCCCAGAGGAGACCAACAGAUUUUCCAGAGGUAAGGCAUACCCAACUGCUUUAGUGUUGGCUCCAACUAGAGAAUUAGCCUCCCAGAUUUACGAAGAAUCAAAGAAAUUCAUUUACAGAUCUUGGGUUAAAGCUUGUGUUGCAUAUGGUGGUGCCGAUAUCGGAACCCAAAUCAGAAAUUUGCAAAGAGGUUGUGAUCUUUUGGUUGCAACUCCUGGUAGAUUGAACGAUUUACUCGAAAGAGGUAAGAUCUCCUUGAGAAACAUCAAGUACUUCGUUUUAGAUGAAGCUGAUAGAAUGUUGGAUAUGGGUUUCGAAAACCAAAUUAGAUACAUUGUCCAAGAAUGUGACAUGCCACCAGCUGAUCAGAGACAAUCGUUACUUUUCUCUGCUACUUUCCCAAAGGAGAUUCAACAUUUGGCAAGAGACUUUUUGAACGAUUACAUCUUCCUUUCCGUCGGUAAGGUCGGUUCCACUUCCGAAAAUAUCACCCAAAAGAUUGUUUAUGUGGACGAAGAAGACAAAGAACCAACCUUAUUGGACAUUUUAGCUUCCGAUGAAGAAACUGGUUUGACGUUGGUUUUCGUUGAAACAAAAAGAAUGGCUGAUAUUUUGAGUGAUUUCCUCUACAGCCACAACUUACCAGCAACUUCUAUUCAUGGUGACAGAACCCAAAGAGAAAGAGAGAAGGCAUUGGAAUUGUUCAAAACCGGUAGAGCUCCAAUUUUAGUUGCUACUGCAGUUGCUGCAAGAGGUUUGGAUAUUCCAAAUGUUACUCAUGUCAUCAACUAUGACUUACCAGGUGAUAUCGAUGACUAUGUCCACAGAAUCGGUAGAACUGGUAGAGCUGGUAACACCGGUUUAGCCACUGCUUUCUUCAACAGGGGUAACAAGAACAUCAGUAGAGACAUGAUUGACUUGUUGACCGAAGCUAACCAAGAAGUUCCUCAAUUUUUGCAAAGUGUUUCAAGAGAAGGUGGUAGAAGUAGUGGUGGUGGAAGAGGCGGUAGAUCAUCCGGUACCAGAGAUGUUAGAAGAUCUUACAAGGGUGGCAACUCCUACGGUGGCGGUUACGGCGGUUCAUCAUAUGGUGGCUCAUCCUUUGGUGGCUCAUCCUUUGGUGGUUCAUCCUUUGGUGGUUCCUCAACUGGUGGCUAUGGUAAUUCUGCGUCUCGUUCAUCCAACUCCUCAUCUUCUCAAUGGUGGUGAACGUAGUGAGUUACUUCUCACCAUGAUUUUUUUUUUCAUCCCCCUUUUCUU